AGCUUGUUGAAAAGGCCAUGUGGCCCUUCUCAGCACUGUCCAGCCGCAGGGUAUCACGGCCAAAGAAUUUGGAUUUAGGAAUCAUGAAUAACUCCAUGUGUCUUCAGCAUGCCACAGAGUUGUUUUGCAUAAGGAAAUGAGCUGUUAUUUUCGACCCAAGCAAAGUUAGACUCUGAGCUUUGGGGAGAAGACACGACCUCAUCACCUUCCCACAAUUUUGUUCAGUUCUGCUCAGUUACAGCAACAUGAGCAACCACUGAGAGAUUUAGACUUUCAGUUCAGCUGAAAGAAAUGAAGCCCUGAUUGAGUGGUUCAGCCCAGCACAAAGAAGUGUUCCCACUGCAUUUCCCUUCAAGCUGGUCUUAUUACUCGCCAAUCAUGCAAGAAAUCUUAACUGAUUGAACUGCUGCGUUGGAUUGGAGACUAUGUGAUCUGGAUAAGACCUGAGUCAUUUUGGGACGCAGCAGAUUGGGUCCUCCUGAAAAGAUGACUGGAAGACUGAUGAGCUGCAGAGGAGUGAGCAGACAAGCCUUCAGAGGAAGGAGCAGCUCUUCUGCUUCAGGGCCUGUCUUCUGGAAGAGAGAUACGUCCUAGCUUCAGCAGUCAAACACAUUUAUUGGUUGAAGUAAAAAGAGCAUCACUUCUGAGAGGUUCAGGCCCAGCGGGAAACUGCAACAACAAACCAAAGCUGCUUUGCCUUUCAAAGUUCAUCCAAGAGCAGCAGGAUGGUGAGUGGGUCACCCUUGGAGGUACAGCCACUGGAGAAGGGUUCUGUGUGAGCAGCACAGAAUGGUGAAGUGAGCCAGGGAGGAUGUGACAGGCAUAAAAAAGUGGUGUGAACUGUCACUUCUCCAAGUGGCAGAGAGGAGGACGUGGUUUUGGUGUUGAGAACAGCACAGUCUGUGCCUUGGGAGAAGAGGCCCAACUGUGAAAGGUUGCUUUAAACAGAUGGGGGAAAUGAAGAGAGGAACCAACCAAACUCAUCUUACUCCUCAGAACUGAUUCCCUGGCCCUUUUUGCUGUCUACGCCCCUCAGAAAAUCUCCAGCUUUUAUCUGCACCGUUCUACCUUUUGCAAUAGAGGAAAGCCCCCGAAGCUUUUCCCAUCCUUUUAAAAGAAUCCACCUCUGCGUCCAGACAGCGAGUUUCAUUUCUGUGCCAAAGACAUGAAGCAUCGUCUGGGCUUCCUGCUGCAGAAGUCAGACUCCUGUGACUACAGCUCUUCCCAAGGCAAGAAGGAGAAAACAUCUUCAAGCCAGAGGGUUAGUCAAGAGGAGGUCAAAAAGUGGGCAGACUCUUUGGAAAACUUGAUCAAUCAUGACAGAGGACUGGCUGCUUUCCGUGCUUUUCUCAAAUCUGAGUACAGUGAGGAAAACAUCGAGUUCUGGGUCAGCUGUGAGGACUACAAGAAAACCAAGUCACCAGCCAAGCUCAGCCCCAAAGCCAGAAAGAUCUACGAUGAAUUCAUCUCGGUGCAGGCAACAAAAGAGGUGAACUUGGAUUCAUGCACACGGGAGAAGACAAGCCACAACAUGCUGGAGCCCACACUGUCCUGCUUUGAUGAGGCUCAGAGGAAAAUCUUCACCCUGAUGGAAAAGGAUUCUUACCGCCGUUUCCUCAAGUCCCCUUACUAUCUGGACUUGAUCAGUCCCCCUGGUGCUGGCUGUGGGCCUGAAAAUUGCAAAAGAAGCCACACUCACAGCUUAGACUGCAACUCCAACGUGGUGUCUCAGUGCGCCUGAGCCUGCAGCCUGCAGCAGCGGGCUGGGCUCUCGCAGCAAAAGCAUUCAUUGGCAUGAAGCAGCAGAGCUGUCUCCAGUAGCUGUCUAAUGUCCCAGUCAUAUCUCAUGUCAUGCAGCAGCCAGCAUUUGUAACCCAAGCCAGGCUCAGUUUGUGUAGCAAACCCUCCUCUGCCUGCCCCGGUGUGGGAGCUGCGCGGCCUGUGCCUGACAGGGAGCUGGGAGCAGCCACGGUGUGCCCACUGUGCUUCUGGCCAGCCCUGCAAGCCCUGGGUGGGCACAGCUCCAGGCCCAGCCCUGCCACCCAGGCACCAGGCUUGUGGAGUGACACUGAGCAAGGAGCAGGGCAGGGGAAAGCCAAGGGAAGCAUUGGGGACUGCAGUCUCCCCUUCCUGAUCAGCAGCAGCUUAGGUGGAAAGGACCUGCUCUGGUCCUUAACUGUUCAUAUAGCUUCCAAGUGUCUCAGUAGUGUUUCCUCAGAACUCAGGCUGUGCUGCAUUACAGCCUUCUGACAUGGUAAGAGUUCCUCCUCUUUCCUGAAGGGAGACCCAGACUUUGCAGGCAAGCAGCAUCCCUCGGUUGCCACAGCCACGUUGGCACCUACUUCAUGCUGGCCUGCAGCUGUACAGAGCUAGUAUUUUGAGGGGAGGUUCAUUAUUUCCUAUAUGAUUAAUUGUGUCCUUCAUGCCCCCAGGUUAAAUACUGUAGCUGAGCAGAACAGAAACAUGCUACUUCUCUCCCAGACUGACAGGUGUGUGUUGCUGACUCAGCUCUGCCUGUCCUGGCUUGCAUGGAGCAGUUUGUGUGAGAGAACAGGACCACAACCACGACAGCUGGGGAGGAAAGGCUUUGCUUGGGAGCACUUGAGAAAAUGUUAUUUAUGUGAGUUUCUGUUUCAGUAGUAGUAUGACACACUAUUUUUUUCCUGAAGGUGGAAGGAGGAACGUGUCAGUCUCAUUGCUGCUUUGCCAGAAGGCAGCUUACUUUUUCAAUGCAGUCAGACGUGGCUUGUGCUGUGGCUGUGGGACUGAUGCUGACCUGCAGUUUGAGGCACAAGAAAUCAGUGUAGGCCUCACUAUCUUGGGCUGCAGCACCAGCCAUCACGCUCCCCUGGCCCUUGGUCUCUCCUUAGUUGGAUGGUGCUGCUCUGACAGCUGUGUAUUCCUCACGCUGCAUCCCAGACCAGACAGCAGUUCUCACAUCAGGGUUUUGACAUGGCAGGAGGAGGCUGUGCAUCUCCAGCAGGCACAUCCAGGCCCACAGAGAAACAACUCUUUGGACAUUUGCUUUGUUUUGUAUUUAUUAGAUUGUACUGACACAUACUACCCUGCAUGUUCAGCUAAGAGAGGGAGAGGCUUGCUAAAGCUCUGAACAUAGCCAAGCAUGUGGCUACAUUUUCUUUUCUCCAGGUACUGGGAACUCUUGGUAACUAUGGCCAAAACUGUAUUGAUAUUUAAAUAAUGAUGAAUACACCCUAAAUAAAAAGGUUUGCAUUAGUCCCUUCUCAAA